CAUUCAGCAAAUCCGAGAACCGCCUCCCCUCCCUCCGCUGCUCCCGCCCCGCGCUGGCUCCCUCUCACGCGCAGUCUGAGUCUGUCCUGUAGGAUGGGACCAGCAGCCACAUAUCCAUGCAUGCCUGACCGCUAGUCCACUUCCUGGAUGGAAGAAUGGGACAUUUCCAGCACCACUUUUCUUCGCGUUACCCUUCGUCACGCUGAUGCCGCGGAUAACCACUUAAUAAUGACCACGUGUAAUCAAUAUUAUUCGACUACUUUUUCCCCCCUGUAGUUAAAGACAGUGAUUGCCGAUUUACCCCUCUCCACUACGGGAAUGUUGCUAUGUGGAAGCCCGCUACAGGCACGGUGGAGUCCAACACGUUUUGGAAUGCUUUUGCACUGCCACGGUGUGCGUAUCGUUUUAUUCCUCGAAGCUAAAAACAGCCUCUGCUCGGGCUGGAGCCGAAUAAAUUUGUCUUUUUAAAAGAAACGGCGACUCUCUGCAGCCGAACCGCUAACCAUUACUUUGAUGCGCUGCCUUCGUGGCUGCUGUGCCAACUUCGUUUCUGUUUCGGUCGUGUGUAUGUGAUUUUUUUUUUUUUUUUUUUUUAAAGAAGAGAAAAGACUCAAAAACUUUCUCACCCGUUGCCUUCUUGUUGCUCUCGAUGAAUAGUCUAACAUGCGGACAAUACGGGAACCGAGUUAUUGGUGGAUUUUAUCCUUAAUGUUUUUAACCUUGCCCAAACACAAAGACUGUCAUCCUGUUGCAUCGAGUGACCAACCUCACCAUGCUGGAGUCGGGCGUCAUGGGAGCACCGGCGUAAUGAGGGAGAGGAGGGCAGCUGGUGACCCCUACUGGUCCUAUUCAGGAAGCCAUGGACCUCGAAGCUGGGCAGCCUCAUACCCAGAAUGUGCUGCGAACAACCAAUCACCUGUGGACAUUGCAGAUGAACAAGCAUUGGUUUCGGAGGAGUACCAGGAGCUGGUGCUCGACAAGUUCAACGCUGAAUCCUCCAACCAGACCACCAUGAAAAACACUGGAAAGACAGUUGCUGUUCUCCUGAAGGAUGACUACUUUGUAAGAGGUGCUGGACUGCCGGGGCGUUUUAAGGCUGAGAAGAUGGAGUUUCACUGGGGCCAUAGUAAUGGAUCAGCAGGCUCAGAACACAGCAUAAACGGCAGAAGGUUUCCUGUGGAGAUGCAGAUCUACCUUUACAAUUCAGAUGAUUUCGACAGCCUCAGCGCUGCCAUCAAAGAGAGACGCAUCAUUGCUGCCAUGGCCGUCUUCUUUGAGCUGGGUCAAAAAGACAAUCCAGCUGUGGACCCCAUCAUCCAUGGAUUGAAAGGAGUUGUGCAUCAUGAAAAGGAGACCAACCUCAGGUCGUUCAUCCUGAGGGAUUUGUUGCCAUCGUCAGUGGACAAUUAUUACCGAUACACCGGCUCUCUGACCACGCCACCCUGCAUCAAGGUGGUGGAGUGGAUCAUCUUGUCCAGGCCUGUGUAUCUGUCCCACUCUCAGCUGGAGGCCUUUUACUCCAUUUUUACAACGGAGCAACAGGACCAUGUCAAGUCUGUCGAAUACCUGAGGAACAACUUCCGGCCCUUGCAGGACCUGGACAAUAGGAAAGUCUAUAAAUCGGCUGUAAAAGACGCAUGGCAGAAAGAUUUAACUGAAAUCUUGGGAAGCCCUCACAGCACUGAGGCUUCAAGAGUGUGCAGCAGUGUCCCAGUAAACAUGAAGAUUCAGCCACUGAACCAGACAGCAUUGAUGGUGAGCUGGGAACGCCCUGUGACCGUCUACCACCCACCCAUCACCAGUUACAUGGUCUCUUACAGCUGGGUGAAACGUGAUGUUGCUGACGAAAAGACCUUCACCAAGACUGGGGACCAGAGCAUGAAAGCCGUCAUCACUAAUGUGUCCCCUGACGUCCUGUACCUGUUCAGAGUGCAGGCAGUGUGUCAGCAUGACCUGCGUAGUGAUUUCAGUCAAACACUGCUGUUCAGAGCUAAUACAACAAGAAUAUUUGAAGGGUCUCGGAUUGUGAAGACUGGGAUGCCCACAAUUUCUCCAGCGUCCUCGGCAGACAUGGCUCCCAUCAGCUCUGGUUCCUCCACUUGGACGUCCUCUGGCAUCCACUUCUCCAUUGUCUCUAUGGCAACAGGGAUGGGCCCCUCCUCUAGUGGCAGCCAGGCCACAGUGGCAUCAGUGGUGACAAGCACCUUGCUGGCAGGCUUGGGCGUGGGCGGAGGGGUCAUUUCUUCUUUGCCCAGCUCUGUUUGGCCCACACAGGUGCCCCAAGCCACGCAGAACCCCACCCGUCCAUCCGUCCCGCCUGCAAAGUCUAGCACCGAACAGGCAGCGCCCCAGGGCUCCGAGACAGACACCCCGUCUGAGGAAAAGCAGGCUGAACGUGAAGGCGAGGACGAGGAGAAAGAGAAGGAGGAGGAGAGAGGAGAGCAGGAGGAGGGAGAGGAUGAGAAGAAGAGAAAGAACAAGACUGCUCCCGGUAAUGAGGAAAAGCAAGCCAACAGCACUGUGGCCGAAGAGCCUUUAAUCCCCACCCCCGCGUCCACAGCCAAAGAGAAAGGAGAAGGGAAGCCUACGGUCAAAGGCACCACAGUACCCGCAAGCACCGGUGACGAUCAGUUGGUCAACGUAAAUCAGGAACCCACAGAUGUAAACGCGGUCUCCACUCAGGAGGCUGGUAAUGACACUGCAGAGAUGCAGAUUCCCCAGAGCUCCACAGUGUCUCCAAAGAUCAGUGAUGGCAAGAGUCUCUGGCCUUUCUCUGUCCACACUGACCGCACCAUCUUGUCCAACGUGACUCGAACCCCUCACCCGGGGAUGAGCAGGAUGGUGUGGAUCGUCCCCUUGGUGGUGGUGUCUGCUCUCACUCUGCUCUGCCUCAUAAUGCUACUGAUUGUGAUGGUCUACUGGAGAAUGACAAGCAUCUGCUCCCUCCUCUGCAUCAAGUACAGGAGAUUUUUCCAGACAGCUCACUUCUAUGUGGAGGAGAGCAGCUCUCCCCGGGUGGUGGCCAAUGAGAAUAUACCAAUCAUCCCCAUACCAGAUGACAUGGAGGCCAUCCCCGUUAAGCAUUUUAUUAAACACAUCAUGGAUCUCUACAAGAACAACCUGCAAGGUUUUUCUGAGGAGUUUGAGGAGGUCCAGCGCUCCAUAGCAGAUCUGAAAAUCACUGCAGAACACUCCAAUCAUCCCGACAACAAGCACAAAAACAGAUACAUCAACAUUGUGGCCUAUGACCACAGCAGGGUGAAAUUACGAGCUCUGGCGGGGAAAGAUGCCAAACAUUCAGAUUACAUCAAUGCCAACUACGUGGAUGGCUACAACCGGCCCAGAGCUUAUAUAGCUGCUCAGGGUCCUCUCAAGUCUACUUUCGAGGACUUUUGGAGGAUGGUGUGGGAGCAGAACACAGGAAUCAUCAUAAUGAUCACCAACCUGGUGGAGAAAGGGAGGAGGAAAUGUGACCAGUACUGGCCGACCGAGAACAGCGAGCAGUACGGGAACAUUGUGGUGACGCUGAAAAGCACCAAAGUGCACGCUUGCUACACACUGCGGCGUUUUCUUAUAAGAAACACUAAAGUUAAAAAGGGUCAGAAGGGGAACCCAAAAGGGAAGCUAAACGAGCGCAUCGUGGUCCAGUAUCACUACACUCAGUGGCCUGACAUGGGAGUACCAGAAUACACCCUCCCUGUCCUCACCUUCAUCAACCGCUCAUCAGCAGCUCGGGCUGCAGACAUGGGCCCUGUCCUGGUGCACUGCAGUGCAGGGGUUGGGCGCACAGGAACGUACAUCGUCAUUGACAGCAUGCUACAACAGAUCAAGGACAAAAGCACAGUCAGCGUCCUGGAUUUUCUCAAACAUAUCCGCACACAACGCAACUACCUAGUUCAGACUGAGGAGCAGUAUGUUUUCAUCCACGACGCUCUAAUGGAGGCCAUCAUGAGCAGAGAGACAGAGGUGCCCGCCUGGCAGCUGCACAGUUAUGUCAACAGCAUCCUCACGCCCAACUCGACAGGCCGCACACUGCUGGAGAAGCAGUUCAGGCUGCUGAGUCAGUGCAACGCACGCUUUGUGGAGUGCUUUAGUGCCCACAAAGACUGCAACAAGGAGAAGAACCGCAAUUCCUCAGUGGUUCCCUCGGAGCGAGCAAGGGUCGGACUCACCACUCUGCCUGGAAUGAAAGGAACAGAUUACAUUAAUGCGUCCUACGUAAUGGGUUACUUCAGGAGUAAUGAGUUCAUCGUUACCCAGCAUCCUUUACCCCACACCACCACAGACUUCUGGAGGAUGAUUUGGGACCAUAACGCUCAAAUUAUUGUCAUGUUGCCUGACAACCAAGGCCUGGCUGAGGAUGAAUUUGUUUAUUGGCCGAGUCGGGAGGAGGCCAUGAACUGCAUCGCCUUCACUGUCACACUUAUCAGUAAGGACAGGCUGUGCCUCUCCAAUGAGGAGCAGAUCAUCAUCCACGACUUCAUCCUAGAGGCCACACAGGAUGACUAUGUUCUGGAGGUGAGACAUUUUCAGUGCCCUAAAUGGCCCAACCCCGAUGCUCCUCUCAGCAGCACCUUCGAGCUCAUCAGUGUCAUCAAGGAGGAGGCUAUGACUCGAGAUGGGCCCACCAUCGUGCACGAUGAGUAUGGAGCCGUGUCAGCAGGCAUGCUCUGCGCCCUCACCACACUGUCCCAGCAGCUGGAGAACGAGGGGGUCGUCGACAUCUAUCAGGUGGCUAAGAUGAUCAAUAUCAUGAGGCCGGGAGUCUUCACUGAUAUAGAGCAGUACCAGUACCUUUACAAAGCCAUGCUCAGCCUGGUCAGUAACAGAGAGUGUGGCCUGAGCCCCAUGCACAUGGACACUAAUGGGUUGGUGGUGAUUGCAGACGAGUCGGACCCUGCAGAGAGCAUGGAGUCGCUUGUCUGAGGACGCUGUCACAGGCACUUAAUUUGUAAAAACUCGAGAAGUUUUCUGAGGCCUUUUUUUGCCAGACUAUUGAUUACAUGAAUAACCUUAUUACUUUUUAUACUGAUAAAGGUUUUUUGAUAUUUAUGUUUUUGUCCUUUAUUUCUUGUCUUAAAUGUUAUCCUGCUGAGCAUUUGCACCUGUUUAAGUUGACGUGAGGAAAAAGCAGCUCUGUCCAGUUUGCACUAUACUAUCAGUGUUACUGCCUAAAUCCAGUGAGUGAAGACGUUUCACAGUUAAAUCCUGGCAUCACAACACAAACCGGGAUCUUUGGACUGCAUUGAGAUAAGCAUGAAGACCAGGAUGAGUUAAAGCGAUCCACUUCCAAAAAAAGUCUCAAAACAACAACAUCACAUCACAACGCAGCCCAGCACGCAUUAUGUCACUUUGUCACCACGAUCAAACAAACUGUUUUGAGGCUCCGCUCCACCUGGGUGAAGCUCUUUAUCCCAUGUUAAGAGACUAUUUACCUGCUUAAUAUUCAUAUAUUGUCCAAAUAUCUCACUGCUGUCUUGUAUAAUGUACUUAUGGCUUAUUUUGUUAAAGUGUGUUACAUCUAAUGUGAACAUGUAUUGCUUUUUACGGGGAUUUUUGCCUUUGUGUACAGUGGGCCUUGGUGUAGAUUCAUAUUUUUUGAGAUUGUCAUGAAUAAUCUACAAAGCUCCCAUUUUUUUUUUCAUAAUUUGUUUUCAGCUUCUCUAAACUCAACUGUCAAGGCUCAACCGUUAACACAUGUAACGGGCAUCUGUAGUGACUACAUGUCAUGACUAUAUGUCAACAAAAAGUAUUCACCCCAUGCAGACUUUCGUUUUUUAUUGUUUUACAACAUUAAAUCACAGUGGAUGUAAUUAUGAUUUAUCAUUGUCACUGAUCAAUAGAAGAAACUACUUUAAUGUUAAAGUGAAAACAAAAGUCUACAAAUUGAUCUAAAUUCAUUACAAAUAGAAAAACAACUAUUCACCUUCUGGCAACAUUUACAGUGAGUAUGUGGAUAGCUUUGCACAUCUGGACAUGUUUGUUAUUGUAUGUCAUUCGUGUCAGUUUAAUGAGGACUGUGAGUGAACAGCAAAAUUUCAAGUUCUGCUACUUUUUCUGGACUGAAUUAAGGUCUUAGACUCUGACCCGGGCCACUCCAGGUCAUUACCAUUGUUCUUUUAAAGAUAUUACUGUGUAGCUGUGGCUUUAUAUUUGGGGUCAUUGGUUUGAUAAAAAAAAUGAAUAUUGUAGUUCUCUCACAUAGAGAAAUGGAGUUUGCUCCACGAUUUCUUUCUAUUUUACUCUAUUUGUUUUACACUCCACCUUUACAAGCCUUGAAUGGGCGUGUUGCAGAGAAGUAUCCUCACCAGGCCUUAUGACGAGGACAGUGUGUUUCUGCAGAUGUGCCGUGUUUGGCUUACACUAGUGAGAGCUCUUUAUGGUCUUACUAGUGCCCUUGCCCGUCUUCUCAACCCACUCAGUUGUUGAGGAUGAUUUUUAGAGCUGCGCCAUACUCCAAUUUUUAUAAUCGUAUUAGGGUUAUCCAGUGCCUUGGAAAUGUUCUUAUGUCCUUCCCCUGAUUAUUUUUAGUCUUUGCCAGGAAAUUGAUUAUCUGUUGGAUCCAGGCAUAUUCAACCUAAAAUAACUUGUCACACAAUGAUUACACACAGUUCAUCUUCUUUCAACCAGUCAAAAAGUGGCUGCAACAGUGAGGAUUUAGAACUUCUAGUGAAGUGAUGAAUGUGUGCAAUCAGCUGUUUUCAAUUUUUUUUUUAUUUUACAUCUACUCCGUUUACUCAAUCAUGUCUUUUUCUUUUGAUUGAUGUAAAAAAAAAUCCUAAUUACAUCUACUGUAAUUCAAAGUUUUAAAUAAAUAAAACUUGAAAAGUUCUAAAGGAGGUGAAUACUUUCUGAUUGGCACUGUAGUUGCUUGUUAGGGUUGGGGGGGGGGGGAUGCCUUUUUUUUGUAACCAAAGAUGUGGUUCCAGUUUGCAACAUGUAAGUGGUUUUGUCCUGAGAUGUAUUUAAUCAACUAGAAUUUAAAAUCAAAAUUGUUUAAUCUUGCCGUGCAGAUUAUCAUGUCAGAGGUGUGAACUGAACAAGAGUUAAGCAUGUUUCGGUUCCAGCCUCAGGGUACAAGAUUUUAAACCGUAAAAUAUAUUUUAUGUGGGCUUAUAUUCUGUCUCGGAACUUUUUUGUGACUUUUAAUUAUAAGCCCUUUCAACCCUGAUCAUUCCUCUCUCUUGAUUGAUUUAUGUGCAUUCUCAUACUCUGAUGAAUACCUUUUUUUUCUGUGAACACCCACUUCUCUGACAAAGGGGAGUUUGCUAAAUUCAGUGAAAACUCUCCAACAUUUGGAGAAAAGUCCAAUUGCUGAUCACUUAGCUCUGCAACAAAACUUUUUUUGCAGCAACUGUUAAGGUUUUUCUUUUGUAUGAAUGCCGACGCCCUUUCUGUUUAUUUCUACGCUCGUUGAGUGGCUGCACACAUUUACUUAAAAAAACAAAUGUCUUUGACUUUAAUGUAAUCUUUGUGAUCAUAGAAGUUUAUAUUUUCAUACAAAGAUUUGGUUUGUAUAGUAGCCCUGUUACCGAUUGUACUUUUGUGGGAAAUUUAUUAUCUUAAUCUCCACAGCAAAAUCCCCACAGUCAUACCUGCCCCUCUGAGGUCCAUGCUGACAUUUAAACCAGAAAUUUUGCUGACAUUUGUUCAACAGUCCAGGGAUCCAGUGUGUUACCCUCAGUGCAUUUCCGCCAGGUUGGUAGUGAAGUUUAUUUUGUAACUUAAAUAAAUAAUCAAAUGGUUUUGUCCAUCAAAUCACAUGUUUAUAUGAUAGAAUCAUAGCCAUAUACUUCUAUGAUGCUGUCAUAUACCAUAUUGUAGUGUAAUAGUGGUAUUUAAUAGCUAUAUUGUAUUGCUAUUCAUGAAAUAAAGUUUGGGUUUGGGUGCACAGCAUCCUUGUAUAACAUGCAA